AUGGACGGUGCAGAUGGCAGUCUUGCCGUCCACUUCAGGGAGUUUCGGGAGGACAUGGCUCGUCGGAUGGAGAUGCACGACAACGCCCUUGCUCUCAGCCAGCGUCAUCACCAGGAUAUGGAGAGGCAGAUCAAGAAUCUUCAUGCUGAGCUCGAGAAAGCAAACCGGUUGAUCGCAGGUCUCCGAAAGACGAUCCAGGAGCAGCGCGACGUGUUCGAUGCGGAACGUGCAGCUUGGAAGAAGGACCGUGCAGCCCUGUGUGCGAUGCUAGAGUUUCAUCGCGCCAAGCUCCUACAGAAGGUGCCCCCGCUGCGGAAGGACGAAACAAAUUACGUCACUGUACCCGCUCGUGGAACACCAUUCGUAUCGAAAUCUCCUUGCGCUCGGCCUUCAGCUCGGCUAGCAACGCCGCUAUUUCCUCCUCCAUAG